AUGGAGGAUAAUGUGGACGCUCAAUUUGUGAGGCUUGCAGAAGCUUGUCCCUGGCGAUACCUGGGGCCUAGUGCAUGCAUCAUCCUCUUCCUGGUCUUGCACCGGAACUACACCGAAGAAUCCCUCACCAUUCUUCGGGGCCUCGGUGUCCAGACCUCGACCACAUCUUCCACUUACCUCCAGACGCCCACUACGCGCUUCAUACCCACUACAAGCAUACAGGACGUCUUCAUACACGAGGCGUUCAAAGGAUUCGAGGUGAGGUUCUACCUCAUGAUAGUAGUGGAGGGGGAAGAAGAGGUUGUCGUUGUGUUCCCGAGAUUGCUACCGAGAAGAGGGACGCUGGAGAUUGUUUGGAGGGGCGUGAGAGGAGGGCUAUGGGAAGACAGCUUUAAGAGUACAGAGGGGGAGAAAAUGGUUGAUAGCAAAGCAGCGUAA